UUGUGCUGCAGCUCAGAAGUCACCAGCCAUGUCUGCCUUUCACCUCACACUCUUGCUUUUAGCAGUGAACAUGGCCUCCUUGGCUGCAUCCGGACCCCCCCAGGGUAAAAGGUCACUAAGUAACCUGCACGGAAUGAUCAAAUGUACCACAGGGAGACACUCUAUUGAAUAUAGUUCGUACGGCUGCUACUGUGGAGGCGUGUGGAAAGGCAAGCCUAUAGACCAGACUGACCGGUGCUGCUUCCAACAUGGCUGCUGCUACGCUCGGGCCGAAAAAUUUGGCUGCAAGACCGACACGGACUACGACUGGUCAUGUAGAGACGGGACGGCAUAUUGUGGUAUUUUCUUCAUCUCCUUUAUCACGAUAAUACAGUGGAGUCUCUAA